AUGUCUUCUAGGGCUUGGUCUGUUGAAAAUCAGUAUCUUCCUACGUUUUCCUUAUACAAUGAGCACUGGAGAGCCGUAUACCACUGGCGUCCUUGGUAUGACGAAGAUCCGCAUAUCAAAAUCUGCCAGUAUCACGGUAUCAUUGGAAGCCCUGGCCAGCUGCUACGAGAGGAACUCCUCAUAAUUGUUGGCACGAUGUGUACUCUCAUGAAUCGGGAGAAGUUUAGGAAGCAUCUAGUAAUCCCUGUAAUGAUGUUUUCGUUUAUUGGUGAGCGGCAUGGAAGAAUUAUCUUGGCUCAUUUCAAUGGUCAGGGUCAGAGACUUGUAGUCCAUAUGUCGAAAUUGUAUCGUUUCCUCGCUGAAGACGAGGAUUCCCUUGCUCUGUUUACACGAUAUGCAGCCAGCGUUGUCGAGCCAUCCGGCAAUACGAAAAGAUUGGUUGGAUAGGUCAGAUUAGGAUGGUAGCAUAACAGCCCCGCGUUCUGACUGUGGCAUGAUAAUCGAAUCGUGGGUGGUGGUUUUC